AUGCUGUUGUUGGCGGCCGUAGCGCUGGCGGUGAGGAUGGCGUCGUCGUCGACCGUGCUCGAGGUGGGCGCCUGUCCCAACGUCACGACGGUGCCCGACCUCAACCUGCAGGAGUUGACUGGGAAAUGGUACCAUAUACUUCACUUUCCAUCCGAAGACGAGCCUUUCGGCGCCUGCACGCAAUCGCUCUAUAAUUAUACAGAUGGCAACCUGGAGGUGCUUACGGAAGGACUUGACUUCGCCGGAAAUGACAUCAUCAGCGUCGGUGUCCUCGGGAAGCUAAAGGAUUCUCCCUCAGAGGCUCUCCAGCUGGAUUUGGACGGAAUGCCGCCGCUAAGCGUGUGGGUGGCGUACACAGACUACACCUCCCUCCUGUGCCUCUACUCCUGCACGGCCUUCCCCGGGCUGCGGGCGGAUUGGGCGUGGGCGCUGACCCGCACGAGGCACCCGCAGCCGAGACUCAUGUUGCGGUGCAGGAGUAAACUCAGAAACCUGGGAGUGAACGCGGCGAAGUUUGAGCGCAUUCCACAGAACGACGUAGUGUGUAAGGAGAACCGGAGUUAGGAGUGCACGGUGAAACUAAUAGCGUCCUUCUCUUUUUUCCGUUCUUUUUGUGUUUUGUUAUUAUUAUUUUCAGGCAAUUUUCCGUCUCUCUUGUUCUUAUCUCUAUUUCCAGGCAGUUUAUUUUUUAUCCUGUAGUUUCCACGUUCACAAACCUCUCUAUUUUUUGUGUAAUAAAAUUAUUUUGAAAUUAUUUAUUCUUCCGGUUUUAAGUGUUUUCUCCUAUGCCUUAAUAUUCUGUUUACUGAAUAUUUAUUCACUGAAGUUGGUUUAAACAGAUUUACCAGCAAAUACACGUUAACGUUUUGGAUGACAGAAAAUACCAAUGUUUUUUCAGCCGAUUUUAUUACCUGCACAUGGAGUCAGCAGUAUAACAUUUCGUAUACUGAAUAUGAAUUUCGUGGGAAUAUGUGAUUGCACUGAAAUGCAUUGACUGCAUGGUUGACGUUUAUCAACAAUGCCUAGUAGUGGCUAGUUCAAUUUUUAAAGGCAAAUAUCAGCCUAGUCACCACUAGUAUCCUUUAGAAUAUACAUUUUUCACAACACAAACAUGAAACAUGAAACUCCUAAACAGUUGAUAAAUGUUCAACCUUUUGUUGCACUUGACUUACACUGAUGAUACAUGUCGCUGAAUACAAUAAAUAUGCAUAGAUGUACAUUUAUGAAGAAAUGAAGACUGGGCA